AUGACGUCCCAGUGGAUCGCGAAGUUUGAUGAGGACAAUGAUCACAUGUCUUGUCUGGGUCAUGAAGAAGCCGGAAGUGAUGCUGAGCAUGCUCCCCUGAACAGCAUCGUGCCCAGCAUCGGGCCAUACUUGCUUUUGCCGCAGUGGCUGGCUCCGAAGGAAGAUGUUCCAGCCUGCCCCAAAUUUUUCAUUGUAGUAGACCUCGGAGGCAUCCGGAGGAUGCCGACUGCAAAGGAAUACGCCGCCAAGCGCAUGCGAGAGUUCGGUGAAGAGCUUCUCACCGACUAUGAGAUGCUUCUCGCAAAGCAGCUCAACAAGGUCAAGGAGGACCCCGAUCUGCAGCAGUUCCUCGAAACGAGGCCAGCGGAGGACACAAGGCCAGGGGAAGAUACCCCGGCCCGCAGCAUGAGCAAGAACAGCGAACGAAGUGUUGUCGUGCGGGGCGCGAGCAAGGCUAGCAGCCACAACAUUGUGCUGGACCCUGUGGAUGAGGGUUCGGGAGAGACGCCGUGGGAAGGGGACCUUUGGAAAGUCAAUGAGGAUGACAUGGACGAGGAGUCUACCGGGCCGACAGUGACUGAAGAGAUCGACGACUUCCCGCACAUGACCUCACCCCAGCACUCCCUCUUCCUUCCGGAGUCACCAACGUCCUGCGUGAAGCGAGACGGCCUCGUCCUACCACUGCCUGAUGCCUUCUCGAACUCGAGCCUGAGCAUCAGCGUCGACAUUCCGGCGGCCGAUCCGAGAGGCGUUCACCUGCAUUCCGUGUGGACGAACGAUGAUUUCUCUCGCCAGGUCUCCAAAUCUUCUGGCGGCGGCCUUGGCCAAGACUUCAUCGGGCGCCUUUCUCAAAAGUCGUCGAUCCGAUCCGGCCAGAUGGUGCAGGAGCAUGGGCCGCUGCAGAAAGCAGUGAUGAGGCCCAGCAGCCUUCGUUGCGUGAUGUGGGACACCGUCUGCACCAUUGCGAUCGUCCAUGAUGCAUUGAUGAUUCCCAUACUGACUGCGUUCCCCAUCGAGCGCUCCGGGCUUGCACGGACACUUGAGCUCGUCAGCAGCGGGGUUUGGCUGGUGGACCUCUUCGUGUCCUUCUUUCGGGGCUACCUGGACAUCCGCACAGGCUUUGUCGAAAUGAGAUUCCGGCGCAUUGCCCUGAACUACCUGACGCACUGGUUCAUGGCAGAUCUGGCCAUGAUCGUGUUGGACGCAGCUUCUCUGUUCAUGGUGGAGGACAGCACUAUGGAUGCACUGACUCUUCUGCGCCUGCUACGCAACCUACGCUUGCUGCGGCUGCUGAAGAUGUCCGAUCGAUAUUCUAUCUUGCGUGAGCUCUUCUACACCCUGGAGUAUGAGCUGGAAUGGACCUCCGUGUACUUUGCCACCUUUGCAGGUGUGCUGCAGCACCUGGGGGUCAUCGCUUUACUGUGCCACUUCGUGGGCUGUGCUUGGUAUGCUUUGGGUGGCAUGUCCUCCGCCGAGAUUACUUGGGUGAAGGCUCACGUGGUCUCCCGGGGCGAAGAGUUUAGCCACACUGCGGGUUGGUUCUACUUCUACAUGACCUCUGUGCAGUGGGCCCUGACGCAGUUCACUCCUUCCGCCAUGGACGUGUCGCCCGUAAACACACCUGAGCGGGUAUUCUCAGUGGUGGUGUCCCUGGCGGGCCUUAUCGCCUUCAGCUUCUUCCUGGGCACGAUCAACCAAUCCUUCGCAAAGCUGCGGAGCCUGACUGCGCAGGAGACGCGGCAGAACCAGCUUGUGAGGCGCUAUGUCGGGGAGAGGCGGGUAUCUGCAGACCUGUCGAGUGAAGUCCUAGCUUGCAUUCGCCAGCGAGGGCUGGGUAAGGCCACAGGUAAGGUGGUCUUCUCAGACAUCAAAGUUCUGCAAAGCCUGCCACACAACCUCCUCUAUCGUUUGCACGAAGAGGUGGGUUUUCCCAUACUGGAACAGCACGGUGUGUUCAAGUACCUGGUCUAUGUCAGUAUUGGCGAUGUCGCACGGAUGUGCCACGUGGCUUUGACAGAGUCCAGUGUCAUCUAUGGCGAGGACCUCUUUGAGGCUGGCACGCCCUGUACGUCGAUGUACAUGUUUCAGACUGGUAAGAUGCAGUAUGCCUGGGAGCAAUCGCCCCAAGUCAAGGAGCCAGUGCUCCCCGAGCAAAGGGCCUGUGAGGCUGCUCUGUGGAUAAGCUGGGAACACCGGGGUCUAAUGACCUGUUGCGACCAGUCUACGCACCUCUUCCAGGUGCAUGCCUCAGCGCUUCACAAGAUCAUGGCCAGGAGUGAGCAGCGGGACUUGCUUGCCAUGUACGCCAAGACCUUCGUGAAGACGCUGCUGGAGCAGUAUGGCAAGGCGGAUGAUGCCUCCGACCUCUAUGGAGAUGACGAGGUCGUGACCAAGAUCCUCACGCCCAUCCGAAGCUGGCAGACAGGCAUGAUGAGCCUGAUGCCGGCCGGGGGAGGCUCUUUCCAGCUUCGGGCGGUCUUCCUUGCAUGGAAAGCCCUUGUGCGGGAAGGCUCAACACACCGCGCUGGGAAGACCCAGUGGUUUGGGCGGCUUCGGCGGCAGAAUACGGCUUCAAUUCGUUAA